AUGUCAGUUGCUCAAAUCUUUGAGAGGAUUGACAAGAACAGGGAUGGAAAAAUUUCGUGGAACGAAUUUGCGGAAGAAAUUCGCGUCUUUUCUCGUUCAAUAACAUCAGAAGAACUUGAUAAGAUGUUUAGAGUGCUUGACGUGGAUGGUGAUGUUCAAAUCGAUGUUGUGGAAUUUGCUUCUUGUUUGGUGAUAGAUGGUGGAGGAGAACAAAAUGACGAAGAGACUGUCUUGAAAGGAGCUUUUGAUUUGUAUGAUAUGGAUGGUGAUGGGAAAAUAUCGGCUAGUGAGAUUCAUGUUAUGUUGAAACGUCUAGGAGAAAAGCAUACAAUGGAAGAGUGUGUUGUGAUGGUUCAAGCUGUUGAUGCAGAUGAAGAUGGUUUUGUGAACUUUGAAAAGAUUAAAACUAUGAUGAGUUCCAACCACAAGAAAUCACUAUGAUCAUGUUACGUUUAAUUGAUUUUUGGUUUGUUAUGUUUUCUUGUGAAUUUUCUUUGAUGUGUUGAUCUCUCUUUCAAAGAGUUUGACCGUGUAAUAUCCUUUGUUCCGAUUUGGUUUUAUCUCUUUUCACAACCGCCGUAACUCGUAAGCUUUCGUCAACUAUCGCCGUUCUCCGAUCCUCCUUCACCAUUUAAACUCUGAUGCGACAAUUAAUCUCUUCCACUCUGCUGAUUUCUAUUCCUUUCAAAGAAACACCGAAAAGUUACCGAAUUUGACAUGAAAAACCACUUCAAAUUUCUUUAAGAAUCACCACCUCCGGGGAAGCUCCAUCACCGACUACACGCAAAUUCCCAAUGUAGUCUUUCGUUGCUCCUAAGUCAUGAGAAAAAGAUAGUGACGAAGAUAUUACGCCUCGAUUAAUUGGAGAAUCAGAAAGAAAUAAGAUUUACAAAAUGAUUAAUCGACGGGAUUAAAAAAACAAAUAGAUGGAGAUUGA